UUUCUUAGACAGUCAAAUGCUUAUUUAUCGCAUUCUAUUUUCUUCUCCUUGGUUCUUUUCUUCUGUUGAAGCAAUUUCCAGAGAACUAACCAUCUUCAAUCUUCAGUCGGAAGUUGGGCCAGAGCCGUACUUGAGAAAGAUUUUAGAGAGAGAAAGUAGAAAGAGAUGCAAAGCUUCAAGGCUGCCUCGCUAAUCAGGCGUUGUCUUCGCAGUCGUCGCUUCAUUCCUCAUCAAAGAAGCUUUGCCUUUCAUUCCAAUAGUGCCCUUAGCGAUGAUCCCGAAGACAUAGUACUAGUUGAAGCCAAAGCUAGUUCCAGAACUGCAAUACUUAAUAGACCCUCGGUUCUCAAUUCCCUCAAUACUGCAAUGGGGGCUAGGUUGCUACAUUUGUACAAAUGUUGGGAAGAUAACUCAGAUAUUGGUUUUGUAGUACUGAAGGGCAGUGGCCGGGCAUUUUGUGCUGGUGGUAAUAUUGUCUCUCUAUAUCAUUCGAUAAAUGAAGGGAAUAUAGAAGAUUGUAAGGAUUUUUUUAGAACGUUGUAUAGUUUUAUAUACGUUGUGGGUACAUAUUUGAAGCCACAUGUGGCUAUUUUGAAUGGGAUUACCAUGGGCGGUGGGACUGGAAUUUCAAUACCUGGGACAUUCAGGGUCGCAACUGAUAAAUCUGUUUUUGCUACCCCUGAAACUUUAAUUGGUUUCCAUCCUGAUGCUGGUGCAUCUUUUCACCUUUCACAUCUACCUGGUUACUUAGGGGAGUAUUUGGCUCUCACGGGAGAAAAACUCAUUGGAGCCGAAUUGCUUGGCUGUGGAAUUGCUACACACUAUUCACUCAGUGCAAGGAUUCCUUUAAUCGAAGAGCAACUUGGAAAAUUGGUAACUGAUGAUCCAUCUGUUGUUGAAACUUCUUUAGAAGAAUUUGGAGAUCUUGACUUUCCCGAUAGUAUGAGUGUACUUCACAGGAUCGAAACCCUUAACAAAUGUUUUGGCCAUGCCACAGUUGAAGAAAUCAUUGAUGCUCUGGAAAGUGAGGCAGCGAGAACUCAAGAAGACUGGUGCAUUUCAGCUUUAAAGAAUCUCAAAUACGCCUCACCAUUGAGCUUGAAGGUUUCCUUGAGAUCCAUACGAGAAGGGAGAUUUCAAACUCUUGACCAGUGCCUGGUCCGCGAGUACCAAAUGUCCCUACAAGGAAUUUCUAGACAGAUAUCCAAUGACUUCUGUGAGGGUGUCCGGGCACGAAUGGUGGAAAAGGACCUCGCUCCAAAGUGGGACCCUCCAAGCUUGGAACAAGUAUCAAAAGACAUGGUGGAUCAGUAUUUUUCUCCUCUGAGUGAAGUAGAGCCCGAACUAGAGCUACCCACAAAACAGCGAGAAGCAUUUCCAUAGUUGUGGGAAAAUGUCUUUUGUGCAUUUCCAUAGUUGUGGGAAAAUGUCUUUUGUUUGUGUUUUUGGAAGCUGGUAGGGAAGUUUGGAAGUUGCAGACUGCAACUUAGAGCCACCAGCAGCAAAUUAUGAAAAUUUACUGGAUGCAUUUUACAUUAAUAUAUUAUUUCCCCAUAAUUUUUUUGCUUUCCAAAUCCUUUUGUUAUAAUAGGACCAUUAUUCU